CCGCACUCUAUCUUGGAGGAGGUAUUAUCGUACCACACCCACCAGCUUGACUCUGGGCACGGGCUGGAAAACAAUGGUUACGAGUUUGUUACCGGUAUAGAUCAUACGGCAGAUAGAAACCUUGAAUUUGAAUCACGACUACGCAGUACCGUGCUACGUAUGCUGCCAGAGAUUCACUCAUUCAUCCUUAUGCUGAUAACAACCCAUAACCUCCAUGAAUGCGCCAAGCCGACGUCGAGCAGGCUCAAAUCCCAUCUUCCUCGUGGGGAUUAAAUUAGCCCGGGUGUGGGAGGUAUGGUGGCUAAACCUCUUCGGAGCUGGACUUGUCGGCGGAAAGCCGUCUCUACUCUCUAUCUUCUCCUUGCGGGUCGCCGGUUACUUUUCUUGCUUCUCUGGUCGUCGUGGGCAGUUCGAACUUCUCACCGUCCUCAGGGUCCUCGUCUCUGUCUCUGGAACUGCUAUUUCAGGCCUGCGAGUGUUGUUCCAUCGAUUCUAUCAGGGAUGUUAUUCAGACUUCUUCUCUUGUCUCGAUGGUUCACUGCGCGCAGCCUGGUCUCCUCUUGUUCCUGCUUCUUCCCGAAGGCACCCACGACCUACGUCUACCGACAACUACAUCCUGCAACUGUCGGAAAAUCAUGAUCUACCGUACUUACUUCUGUAGGCUGCCAUACUGCACGUACACAGUACUACUGUAGUCUGUAGGAGACAUGGUCAAAUCCAUGGCCCGGAGAACGCCCGGUCUCUCCAAUCCAGGAGGCCGGCCGGGGUGGGGCACAGACAGCACAAGAUAGAAUCACGAUGGAAAAGCACUCGGACCCUCUCCCCU